ACUAUUUAAAUAUAUUAUCAAGAUUUGUCAAGAAUUUUCAUUCAUUAAAAAGUAAUUUAAUUUUAGUUCGACAUGUCAAAAAACAAUUCAAAAUGUGAAUUAGAUUAUUAUGCAAUCCUCAAUGUUCCUCGAGAUGCGAGUAAAGAGGAAAUAACAUUAUCAUACAGAAAAUUGGCGGUUCUGUGCAAUCCCCAUAGAGAUGAGCAACAUGAUGAAGAUUUUAUACCAACGAGCUGGAAAGGAGAUAUAAGUCACUUGAAUAGUCUGACAAGAGGGACGCAAUGGGCAUACAUCAACAUGGCAUUCGAUGUUUUAUCACAUCCAUUGCGCCGAGAAAUCUAUGACCGUUUUGGAGAAGCAGGAUUAUUUCAAGGUGUUGCUUUGCCCAAUGGCUAUUUUCAUCCCUACAUGUACCAUGGGGAUCACUUGAAGGUUUAUCAUUCUGUGUUUGGAUCAUAUUCACCGUUUUCGAAUUUAAUUGAUAUUGCAACAAAUCCACCUCCACUCUAUUCGAAUAAAAAUGGUAUUGGUGUUCGAAUUAAAGAACCUCCAGUGGAAAAAAUAAUUCCCCUUGAUUUAAAAGAAGUUUUCUUUGGCACGAUGAAAAGAAUGAAAAUCUUUCGUCAAGAAUAUGUUGAUGAUCUUGAAACAGUUACAGAAAAAAGGGAAAAGACUAUUUUGGUUAACAUCCCCCCAGGAACAAAAGCUGGAACCAAAUUCGUCUUUGCCAAUGAAGGUGAUCGCAAUCCAACUACAAUACCAGCUGAUAUUAUUUUUAUAACAAUUGACAAGCCUGAUACAAAUUACCUUCGUGACGGGAACAAUUUAAUUCAUGUUCGUGAAAUCAGUUUGUGUGAGGCUUUAGUUGGUUUUAAAUUCUCUCUACAAACAAUUGAUGAUAGGAAAUUAGUUACCCUGAUAACAGAUGUGGUAACCCAAGAUUAUGAGAAAAUAAUUCAUGGUGAAGGUUUGCCGAAAGUAAAUACUGAAUGCAAUGAGCCAGAAAAAGGAAAUUUAAUUCUUCGUUUUAAAAUAAAUUUUCCAAUACUUAUUCCACGACAUUUAAAAUGUGAAGUCAAAACAUUGUUUGACAAAAUUGAUGAAGAAAUUAAGAAGAUGUCGUGAAAUACCAAUAUAUUUUGAAUAACAUUUAUUACCAACUAAUUAAAAUUAAAAAUGUA